AUGCGAUUCCAGCAAAGUAUUCUCGCCUCCUUCGUCCCGGGCCUUGCCUUGGCUAUCACGCCCCCCAACAUCAAUGGCAUGAGCAUCGUCUGGUCCGAAGACUUCGAGGGCCCCGCAGGUGGCUCCCCAAGUGGUAGCACCUGGAACGUUAUGGAUGCUAUCAACACCAACAACGAAGUCCAGACCUACACCACCUCAAACAACAACGUUCAGAUUAGCGGUGGUGGCACGAUCCAGUUCGUUCCACGAAAGUCACCUUCCGGCCUCUGGACCUCCGGCCGUAUCGAGACUAAGGACUCUUGGACUCCGGCCCCGGGCAAGGUCAUGUCCAUCCAAGCAAACAUUCUCUUAGGGAACAACCCUAUUAUCAACAAGCAAGGUCUCUGGCCCGCCUUUUGGGCCCUCGGUGAUGCUAUGCGUCAUGGUACCCAGUGGCCUGCUGCGGGAGAAAUAGACAUUAUGGAACAAGUCAACGGACUCCUAACCGGCUACGGUACCGUACACUGCGGGAGCUCCGUCGGUGGCCCUUGCAACGAACCCCUCGGACGUGCCCAGGCUACUGCCAUGCCCGCUGAUGGUUUCCACACCUGGGGCGUUACCAUCGAUCGAACGAACGACGACUGGACAGCACAGACGAUAACCUGGCACUUGGACGGCAAUGUUUACUCGACCCUCACCGGAGCGGAUAUCAACGACGCUCCUAUUUGGUCAUCCCUCGCCCACAGCCCCCUGUACAUUCUCCUCAACGUAGCUGUUGGUGGUGACUGGCCCGGCCUACCUAAUCUUCUUACACUGGGUGGCUACGGCAGCAUGAUGGAAGUACAGUGGGUUGCCGUCUACUCAUCAUAG